AUGUUUGGCGCGUUAAUUUUAGUGUUUGAAUUGGAUUUGGUUAUUAAGACAAAUAAUACCGUAGCUCUCUUUUAAUAACAGUAAUAGAACAAGUUUUUGGUUAUCAUAAUAAAUUAAUCGGUGUGCUGCAAGAACAAAUAUUGUUACGUAACGUGCAGUUGUUCGACAUCCGUCCAUCGUUUCAGAAGUGCGCUGAAGAUAUAUAAAUCUGUGUUAGAAUUUUAUUUAAAUUGAUAAGAAGCCCCAGGCACUAAUAUGGAUGACAAACUGCUUCCGAGAGAAGUGCCAGAGCCGACAAGGUUUCCAAGUAUCCUCUUCGAGCCAUGUGUGCCAGACGCAUCUCUAGUUUUUGGAUGUGGGCUGUUCGAAGCACCAAAGGCAUCUGCCAAAGUGAUGAAAACUCCACACGAAACUUCAAACACAGAAGAUAUUUUACGCUAUGGCAUACAAGAGAAAGCUGUCCCUUCAUGGAUAAAGGCAUACAAAGUGGAGACAAAUACAGUUGUCGAUCCCAGCAACUUUGAGCAGAGUGAUCACCAGCGCAUAUCAGCUGACUUCAGUGAGAGGAGACCAGAUUUCGAGGAGUUUGAAGAGCGAAGUGCUGAGAAUUUUUCAGGAAGGACCAGUUCAGGGCCCGUUGGGGCAGGGAAUAUGUGUGUGGGACAGAAGACGGGGGACGGAACUCGUAAAGCCGAUCGACUCGGGUAUAAGAACUCGGUUGCAGUGCAGGAAAUGAGAGAAAGAGGUGAGUCAUUUGGAAAAAGUACCACCGAUAAUUUCCUCGAUUCUGACACAGACCCGUUUGCAAAAAAAUACCAAUAUGGUCUCAAAAGGAGCAAAGUGACAAAUUCUCAGACUCGUGUUGAGAUGUCGGAUCGGCACUAUGCUGAGCUGCAGGAAGGCACUGCUGCAGUGCCACAUAAGCGUCUCGGGGAUGUUGUGGACUGUACGGGACGUCCCACGCAGGAUUUGCCCGACAUUACGGGCGUCCAGUGUGACAGUACCGUUUCGGCGACAGUCACUGCACCUGGAGGAGAGAUACAGGGUGUGGAGGAGGAGCGUGGCAGCUUUCCACCGGGUCACUCGGACCGACAGGGAGGAGUCGCUCGCUACGUCGAUUCGUCCGAUCGGGUCGCACUCGGAGGGGCGGGGUACGUCGCCUCGGAUGUAAGUGGCCUGCGGGUACCCCAGGCUUUCGACUUUCAGAAGGAAAGAGAAAAAUCUACAGGGCCACACAAAGGUUUUAUUUCGUCAGACUGCAGCCUAAGUGACGGUUCUCCUUUCAGUUUGGGAAGGCGCAGACGGAAGUGGAAAAACAAACUGGUGAAAGAAAGUGACCCGGGAUCAGUUCCGUGCAAAAAUCUUGGAAUAAAUGUGAGGGAGAGAGAACUCCUCACAGUCGGCAAUUCUGAAACGCGCGACAGUCCCAGGCGUGCAAAGAGGGGGAGCUCCGCGGGAUCACCCCUCACGGACUUCGGAAACGCACGCACUGCGGAGGGGCUCGGAGGGUCGCGGGUCCCAGUGUCGGACCCUCUUAUAAGGGCACUGUUCCACCUGCAGAACCGCCACACAGAGCUGCUGCUAAAGCUGGCGGCAAAUGUGGGUGAGGUGGCUCACAAGCAGAGGAGGAUGUUUGACGUCUUCCAGAAACUGCAGAGUGCCUUCUGUGACAGUGGCACCCGGACUGCCGCCGAGGUGCCUGUGGGGAGUGACGGGGUCCAGAGGAGGCACUGCGACAAGUGCACACAGACGAGCUGUGAUGGUGGCGACCGGGUACCGGUGGCUGUGACGGAUGCCUGGACGCAGUCGGGCCAUACGGGAGACACGGAGGGUAGCAGUUACAGGGCAGGUCGUCUGGAAAGUGGGGUCGUGACUGAGACUGAGAGCGGAGGCUCGCACAAAACACGUGAAGAUCUCGGUGGAGCAGUGUGUGCUGUGAGUGGAGGGACAGGACAUCUUGCCGAGAGUGGAACCUGCAUCGGUGAUAGGUUGGAGACAACAGAGGUCAGAGCGAGGGUAGGCUCAGAUGCCACCCGGGGAGGCAAGGACUCUGGCAAGGCAGCAAAUCCUGGUGAUGUGUGGAGGCUUAUAGGAGCCGUGCGGAGCAUCGCUGCCAGGGUUGAGGACUCUGGAGAGAAAACGAGACAUCCCUCCGGGGAGGCGGGCACCGGCAAUCACGAGGCAGAGGAGGAAUGUGGUGACCGCUCGAGGCAGGUGGAGGUGGCUGGCCUCGUCGCAGCCAUGCGGAGUGCUGUGUUGAGGUGUGAGAACAAAGAGUUCAUAAAAGCUCCCAAGUUGGAGGAUGUAGCCGAAGUAUCGGAGAACUCUUCGGACUCGGAAGACGGUGAGGCAUCUGAGGUGGGCGACGAGUCAUUGACGAUUGGUGACCUGAGCCUCGUCCCUCAGAACGUGUCAUUGUCACCUGACCCGUCACUCCGGAUUGACCCAGGGGGGUUGGAAAUCUCUUCGGACGCACUCGCUACCGAGAGUGAUGAUAGUGAGACCGAAGUAGCAAAGUGCAGGAGAUAUUGGACCAUAGUAAAACAGCUUCAGAGGGCAGGAGAGACAGUUCUGGGAAGAAACCCUCAACAUCUGAAGCAGAAAAUGGAAGAACGAAGAAUAGAUAGCAUUAAUUUCCAUAUGGUGAUGCACAAGAUGGAUGUAGACAGAGUUAGGUUAUCUGACUUAAAAGCCUCUGCAGGUGCUCUGCUGACAUGGCGCUGGGCUGAAAAAUAUUCACUGAACGUGGACGGAAGGGAAAUGUGGGAAGAUGGAACAUUUGCUGCUGCUCCCUGUAAUGUGGCUGUGGUGACCCAUGUUACCCGACACGUGGUAACAUGUCUUGUAACUGCAGCAUCAUAGCUGUGUGGAAAUGUUUGGAGGUUGUUAUACCAUUCUUAAUAAUUGACAAUAGACUGAUAAUAUGACUUCUCAUGAUAAGCAAAUAAUGUGGUGUGUAUAUUGGUACCAGCGGCUGACUGUAAUUUAACACAGUAGCUACUGAACUAUGGUUACUGCAGACGUGUGUAAAUUUACUCUGAGAUCAGAGCUAAAGUGGUAUGAAUAUUUUUAUAAAAUGUCACACUGUAACUACAGUUGCCCGUUUUUGCUCUAUCUGCACAGUAAGCAGAGAGGUAAAUUUAUUCUUAGAUCUGAACUGAAAUUGCAUUUUGAUUACAGACCAUACAAAGCAAAAAUUUGUCGAUGGAUAAAUUUACAGUGGUUUUAGAUAGUACCAAACAUGCUUCUAUCAAGCAUUUUUCAGUAAUUGGAAACAAUAUGACAUGAAAAGUAUCCGGCCACCCCCAAAAACAUACAUUUUUAUAUUAGGUGCAUUGUGCUGCCACCUACUGCCAGGUACUCCAUAUCAGUGACCUAAGCAGUCAUUAGACAUCGUGAGAGAGUAGAAUGGGGUGGUCUGCGGAUCUUAAGGACUUUGAACCUGGUCAGGUGAUUGGGUGUCACUUGUGUCAUACGUAUGUUUGCAAAAUUUCCACACUCCUAAACAUCCCUAGGUCCACUUUCUCAGAUGUGAUAGUGAAGUGGAAACGUGAAGAGACACGUACAGCAUAAAAGCGUACAGGCCGACCGCGUCUGUUGACUGACAGAGGCUGCCGACAGUUGAAGAGGGUCGUAAUGUGUAAUAGGCAGACAUCUAUCCAGACCAUCACACAGGAAUUCCAAACUACAUCGUGAUCCACUGCAAGUGCUGUGGCAUUUAGGCGGGAGUUGAGAUAACUUGGAUUCCAAGGUCGAGUGGCUGCUCGUAAGCCACACAUCACGCCGUUAAAUGACAAACGACGCCUCGCUUGGUGUAAGGAACAUAAACAAUGGACGAUUUAACAGUGGAAAAACGUUGUGUGGAUUGACGAUCACGGUACACAAUGUGACGAUCCAGUGGCAGGGUGUGGGUGUGGCGAAUGCCCGGUGAACGUCAUAUGCCAGCAUGUGUAGUGCCAACAGUAAAAUUCGGAGGCGGUGGUCUUAUGGUGUGGUCGUGUUUUUCAUAAGGGGGGAGGGGUGGGCACUAUCACAGCACAGACCUACAUUGACGUUUUAAGCACCUUCUCGCUUCUCACUGUUGAAAAGCAAUUCGGCGAUGCCAAUUGCAUCAUACAAAGCGAUUGAGCACUUGCUGGUAAUGCACGGCCUGUGGCGAAGUGGUUACACAACAAUAACGUCCCUGUAAUGGAAUGGCGACUUCGUGCCAGGCCUCACUGACACAGAUCAGUAUCUCUCCUCAGUGCAGCAAUCUGUCAAAAAUGGGCUGCCAUUCCCCAAGAAACCUUCGAGCACCUGAUUAAACGUUUGCCUGGGAGAGUGGAAGCUGUCAUCAAGGCUAUAGGUGGGCCAACACCAUACUGAAUUCCAGCAUUACCGCUAGAGGACUUCACAAACAUGUAUGUCAUUUUCAGUCUUGUCUCCAGAUACUUUCUGAUCACAUAAUGUGUUGCAGAUACGUAGUGUGUAUUGUUAACGGGAUAUUUCUCUAUUUUUACCUAGUUUUCAAGAAUGGAAUCUCGAGUCUUUUUACUUUUCAUUAUACCUCUACUUUUAUCGUUGUGGUAUCCAUCUGGUGUUACUACAGGAGUUUUA